AUGGAGAGGAAGCUCCCUGACGUUGAAAAAGGCAACGUGGUGGGGUUUGAUGAUAGCAAAGAUAAAUUGUUCCUUUCCAUUCUGAAACGUGUUACUCAAGUCACAAGCGACAUGUCUAACAUGGGUGAAGACGAGUUGGCUGAAGAAGUCCAUCGCCAACUCACUUGGAAAUAUCUAAUUGUUGUGGAUGAUGUGUGGGAGAAGGACUGGGAUAGCAUUAAAAAGAAGAAGGUUUUUGAUGGAGGAGAUUGCCCUCAAGAAGACUUGAAGGAUGUCAGAAUUCGAAUUGAAGGACAAUGCGAUGGUCUACCACUCACAGGUCUGGUAAUUGCUGGAAUGCUUCAAAACGACAUAUCCAAGGAUGCGUGGGAGACUAUAGCUAAAAGUGUCAAAGCAUUCCUUGUCAGGAAGGAAGAGGAUUUGAUGGAAGUGCUAGCUCUUAGCUACUAUCACUUACCGCCUCACUUAAAAGCAUGCUUCCUUUAUUUUGGAGUCUUCCUACAAGACUGCAAGAUCCCUUUCUGGAUACUGAUCCGAUUAUGGAUCGCCGAGACAUUUGUACAAACAUCUGAGAAUGUAUGCUUGGAGGAGAUGGCCAAGGAGCACUUGAAGGAUCUGGUUGCGAGAAACCUAUUGUUGGUGGAACAAAGGAGUUUCAGUGGUCGAAUCAAAACAUGUCAUAUUCAUGAUAUGUUGCGCGAAUUGUGCUUCAGAGAAGCUCUGGCAGAGAACUUCUUAUUGGAGAUAAAAGAGGGUGGAACGAAUUCACCAUGA